AUGCUAUGUAUUGUGUGUUUUCCUGGGGUGUCACGGCUGCAGGCAAACCUGAAGAAGUUCAUGGAAUACGUGCAAAUGCUGAACGCGGAGAAAGUCUGCAGACUGCUGGAGAAAGGACUGGAUCCCAACUUCCACGACCCGGACACUGGAGAAUGUCCCCUGACGGCGGCAGCUCAGCUGGAGCUCAGCACUGAGAUGAUCAAAGCUCUGCGGAAUGGGGGAGCGCAUCUGGACUUCCGCACACGGGAGGGAAUGACGGCACUUCACAAAGCUGUGCGGUGCCGCAACCACGCGGCGCUGCUGACACUGCUGGAUCUGGGGGCCUCCCCAGACUACAAGGACAGCCGGGGGCUGACACCACUGUACCACAGUGCCAUGGUGGGUGGAGAUCCCUACUGCUGUGAGCUGCUGCUGCACGACUACGCUCGGCUGGGCUGCGUGGAUGAGAACGGCUGGCAGGAGAUCCACCAGGUCAUUGGCAUCGUUAAAGGCCUGGCUGUUAAUUAA